CUCCUCCCUCCCCAUAGAACCGAAAAAAAUCCGAACGUUAGAGAGAGAAACUGAGAAACUGGAAACAAACACAAAAAAAUGUCUUGUACCGUUGCAAUCUCGAACUCCCCGGUCUUCUCCCCGUCUAGGGUUCCAUCCUCCCUCUUCUGCAAAUCCUCUCUCUCAUCAUCUUCCCCGGACAAGUCAUCCCUGACCCUGACUCAUUCGCCUUCCUCCUCUUCCCUAUCCUCCUCUCCGUCCUCGCCGCUGAGGUUUCGGCUGCAGAAGCCUCCCAGCGGGCUCAACAGGGCGUGCGGGGACGGUGGUGCCGGGCGCUCGACGUCGCCGACGGUUUCGAAGAGGAAGAGGCCGGCGAGGCUGGAUAUCCCGGUGAUGUCGUUUUUCGGAGCGGAGACGCCGGCGGCCGCGGGGGAGAGGAGGGAGGAGGUGGAGGUGGAGAGGGAUGGGUGGUACUCGGUGUAUUGUAAGAGGGGGAGGAGAGAGGUUAUGGAGGAUCGGUACUCGGCUGUCGUCGAUCUUCAAGGAGAUCCCAAACAGGCUUUCUAUGGAGUUUUUGAUGGGCACGGAGGUACAAAGGCUGCUGAGUUUGCCGCAGAGAACUUGGAUAAGAACAUCUUAGAUGAGGUUGGGAGAAGAGAUGGAGAAGAGAUGGCGGAGGCUGUUAAGUACGGGUAUCUGAGCACAGAUUCUGAAUUUCUGAAGGAAGAUAUCCGCGGUGGAACAUGCUGUGUCACGGCACUGAUCAAGAAAGGAAAUCUUGUGGUGUCCAACGCUGGUGACUGUCGCGCCGUAAUGAGCAGAGGGGGGAUUGCUGAGGCCCUUACAUCUGAUCACCGGCCUUCACGAGAGGACGAAAAGGAUAGGAUUGAGAAGUUGGGUGGGUACGUGGAUUGUUGCCAUGGUGUUUGGAGAAUCCAGGGAUCUUUGGCCGUGUCCAGAGGAAUUGGAGAUCGGCACCUUAAACAAUGGGUAACAGCAGAGCCGGAAACAAAAAUCCUGAAAAUUGAACCUAAUUUCGAGUUCUUAAUCCUUGCUUCUGAUGGCUUGUGGGAUAAGGUUAGUACCCAGGAAGCAGUAGAUAUUGCUCGCCCCUUUUGCAUAGGCAUCCAAAAGCCAGAGCUGCUCUCAGCUUGUAAAAAGCUCGCAACCCUCUCUAUCUCACGAGGUUCAACCGAUGACAUUAGUGUGAUGCUGAUUCAAUUGGGACGCUUUUGUUGACAGUCCCAGCCCGGCAGUACGGUAGUUCUACACUAUAAGAGAAUAGCAAGUUAACCUCCUAACACAUUUUGAUGUCGACGAUGAUGAAAGAUGGAAGGGCCUCAGCCAUUUUACUAGUUAUAUAGUGACCAAUUCUUUUAGGUGCUUCUGCACAUUUAGCAUGACUAUUCAUUGAACACUGACCUUUACUCUGUACUUGAUUCUACUUUGUAAAGUCUUUUUGACGACUUAUACAAAAGAUUCAUUGGGAUCUAAGUUUUACAUUGCAA